AUGGAUCAACCCGGUCCAAAUACUCCCGGUCCAAACCAGCGACCAACUGUGAUUGUAUUUGGUCCAAGUACUUUCAAACAAGGCCGUAAACGCAUAAUUGAUUUAACCACUUCCGACCAAGACCAACAACAACCAACAGAUGUAGCUGGACCGAGCACUGCCAAACAAGGUCGGAAACAACCAAUUGAUCAGCCCAGCCCAAGUACUUCUAACCAAAACCAGCAACAACCAAUGAACAAAGUCGAGCCUGCUAAUACUGCUUCAAAUCAAGUGACUGAAUUAGGCAAAGGAAAUCAGAUAACUUUUGAUGAUAUAAAGAAAAAUCUUGAAGCGUCUAAAGAAUUACGAAAGAAAAAACUCAAAGAAUAUUAUGAAUAUAUGGCUCUUAGAUUGAAACAACAGUCAGGAUUAGAAAAAGGGGAAGAUAUAUCUGGAUCAAGGCACGAUCCAGAAGUUGAAAAGCAAUUGAAACAAGAGUAUAUAGAGGCAGUUACAAGAGUAUUCGGUGUCCAACAAGAAUUGAAAGCGUUUAUGAUAAAGCAUAGUUUGGAAAUCGAAGAACUGGGUUUGGAUUUGGAUUAA